CCCAGAACUAACAAGAGUGACAGCAGGUGCUGGUGUGUGGGGAUUGUAAGCUUGCAACCAACAGCUCAGAGAUGUCAGUGCAUUUCAACAAGGGACCUGCAUAUGGCCUCUCGGCAGAGGUGAACCGCAAGAUUGCCCAGAAAUAUGACCCACAGAAAGAUGAGGCUAUUCGGAGGUGGAUUGAAGAUGUUACUGGAGCAACUCUUACAGAAAACCUAAUGGAGGAGCUGAAAAAUGGAGUCAUAUUGUGCCAGCUCAUUAAUAAACUGCAACCUGGCUCAGUGAAGAAGAUUAGUGACUCCCCACAGAACUGGCAUCAGCUGGAGAACAUUGGGAACUUUAUCAAAGCAAUCACAAAAUAUGGGGUGAAACUUCAUGACAGCUUUGAAGCCAAUGAUUUAUAUGAAAAUUGUAAUUUGACCCAAGUUCAGACAACACUCAUGGCCCUGGCUAGCAUGGCAAAAACAAAAGGCUACCAAACAAGAUCAGACAUUGGUGUGAGAUACGCAGAAAAACAGCAACGAGCUUUCAAUAGCGAGACGCUGAAGGCAGGACAGAAUAUCAUUGGACUCCAGAUGGGGACGAAUAAGUUUGCCAGCCAGCAGGGGAUGACAGCCUAUGGUACCAGAAGGCAUUUAUACGACCCAAAAACUGGAGUGGAGAAGCCUCUUGACCAGACUACCAUUAGCCUCCAAAUGGGAACCAACAAGGGGGCAACACAGGCUGGAAUGACUGCUCCAGGGACUCGGAGACACAUCUUCGAUAACAAAAUUGGAACUGAAAAAUGUGACUCCACCAUUGUGUCACUCCAGAUGGGAACAAACCAAGGGGCUUCACAGAAAGGAAUGACUGUGUAUGGGUUGAGCCGGCAGGUAUAUGACCCAAAGUAUUGCUCCACUUCCAACUUUCCUAUCAACAACGGGAACCAGCUAGCCAGCAGCUCUGAAUGUAGUGAGAGUGACUACCCAGCAGAGUACAAGUACAAUCAGCAAACAGAUCCUUAUCGCAACAAGCAAAUGUUUCAGGACUUUGAGUGAGGACAACACAGUGGCACUGCCUAACAAACUGGCUUGUACAAGUGUGCAUCGCAGCCUUACACAUCUCUAGACUACAAACCCUAUGCUGAAUACACAGGCUUAUCCCAGUAGGUGUUACAGCCAGAAAUCCUCCACACCGCUACAAAGAAUGCUUCACUGCCAGUGCACACUGUGGCUGAAACCCCUGUUUGGCUCUGUGGGUUGAAUGAAGUGUGGACACUUGAAUUAUUUCUUCAAACCAGCUCUGAUGUAGUCAAUCAACUCCAAAGCAGUCAAAUAAACCAGGAAAACACAAUAAUUGGCAAAGGCCCCUGAAUAUAUCCCUCCAGAUCUAGUUUAAAAUAACCAACCUCCCCGGCACACUCCCCAUCUCCCUGUCCAGGAGAACUAAGAACAAUGACAUUAAAAUACAAAUUACAAAAAAUGUAAUUUUAAAUUAUUAUUUUUCUACUCACCAACGUGUCAGCACCAGCUCAUAGUUUACAAAUCUUACAAUAAAUUAACACGUGGCAGUAAAUCUUUAUAAAAUGCAUGGAUUGUCUGCCAUUGGAAACCACCCUCUCUACCAGAACACAACCAGGAACACACUGCACUGAUCCAAUCAUUCCUAGUUGCUUUGUUGCGGGGUUAUCAAUGACGUGCACUAGUGAAUUUAAAGAUACAGGUACUGAACAAGAUGGAUCUAUGUAACCUGCAAUGUCACUGGGACAGGGCUAUUUCUGCAAUACUAGCUUUGAAAACCAAUCCCAUCAAUUUCCAAGACUGUGAUGUCUAUGCGAUAAAAUAUAGAAACAGAAGCAUCAGAAAGUGUGAAAGCAGCUUAACCUACAACUCAGCAUUGGUACAGAAACAGCAGCAGAGGAAAGCCUGGCAUGGUGGGCAUGCUUUAAAAGCAACUAGUUAGGUUAAUUUUUAGAUUUAGAAGUGUUUCUCUCGCAGUACUGACAAUGUGUAAACUCAAUAACCGGCAGUUGUGUAGUGACCAAGAAUCCCCUGCUCACAGCAACACUUUUCAAACUCAACAACCCUGGAGUUGCAGGCACACAAUUAGACUCAAAUUAUAUAAGAAUAUAGCAGGGUCACACCAGACCUUGGUGCUUCCUUUCAUUUGGUUCACUGUUGUUUAUUCAGAAACAUCACUUCCAAAAAACCUGGUGUUUUAAAAGUCAAAUAGACAAGACUGUGAUAUUUCAUUAACAAGAGAACAACAAACCUCAAAGGAAACUCACCCAACAGGCAAGCCUCACAGAACAGAGCUCAAUCAGCUAGGCACUGACCACAUCAAGUUCCCCCUGACUGAGCUUCAGCUGUGCCAGCAUCCCUGCACAGGCCCAGCAGCUAAUGGACCCAGUGUCCUUGCGUAGGCCCAACAUAUUUGCAUCAAUUCUCCACUUUAACACCCAACUAUCUGCAGUAAGUAAUGCUGCUGCAAAAACAGGUCAAUGAGGAGUACAAAGAUGCUGGGAGGCAGAAUGGGUUCAAAAAUGCUCAAUGUAGCGACUAAAUUCUGCAAAUCAUACUGACAUUUUAGUUAAUCUUAUAUAGCAUCUGGAAAUCUCCAGACAGUAUUAAUUCUUUGCCUGGUGAGCUGUGUUCUGGGAAUGUGAUUAUUAACUGUUCAGUAAGUGGUGUUAAACUACCCACUGUGGCUAAUGUAAAGGCCUCUUACUGCAAUGAGUUCAGUUUAAUGUGAAUUGUGUACUGCUGUCCAUGUGAUGUCGCUAACUGUUAAUUAAUAAAACCAGACCAAACCAA